AUGAAGCAAAGCACGGCAGAUCGCUCCGAGGCACCGCUUCCGACUUUGCUGCAGCGGCCUCGGCCUGAGGCAGUAAAGCUUCUGCAUGGAGCGAAGCCGCGAUCCACGAAAGCCAUUGAUCCCAAGUCAGCCACAUUGGCCGUUGCAGAGGCCUGGAAACUUUCAAGCAGGUACAACAUGGAGUUCGACUCUGCAUUGGUCUUAGUGGUUGGGCAGCAGUCUGCUGGAAAGACUUCGUUUGUGGAGAGGUACCUUGGCUACGCCUUCAGCGUGGUCAGCGAUGGUAUGGCAACAAAGCGACCGUCGGUGUUGACCCUACUGCCUGCCUGCAGUGGAGAUGAAGUGACGGUCAGGGAGGAACUUCCUGAUGGAACUAUGAGCCCGAAAGAGGUCUUCGAUGGAGUCGAUGCGCUGACUAAACUGAGCCAGUGGGUUGUUGACAGAAACACCAAGGUUGCGAAGGAGAAACUCGACAUCACGAUCCAUACCCAAAAAUGUAAGACCCCGCGAAGGGUGAUGGAUCUUCCCGGGGUACGAGCAAGCGAUGAGCCAGAAGCAAAAGGCGUCAACCAGGCCAUCAUUGACAUGAUUUCCGAGGCCAUAAGGAAGCCCAACUCCGUAGUGGUUUGCCUGGCAUAUGCUGACGAUGAACCUGCGAACAACAACAUGGUGAAGCUGUUCCGUGACCAUGGAACCCGCGUGGAGAGCCUCUCUGACAGGUUGUUGUUGGUGCUAACAAAGUCGGACAAAUGGUUCGCAAACACUCGCCGGAAAGAUCACGUGCAAGAGCAUCUGGAUCGCUGGAAGAAGGAGUUUGAAGUUGAGCCAAUGCUGAUGGGCAGCACUUUCGACAAAACAGCCGACAUCAAGGAUGUGAAUGUGCGGAAUGAGGAGUAUCAAAAAGCAGACCAGCGUGAGCAGAACGACAUCAACAAAUUUCGGGAUGAAGUUAUGAACGCCCUGCAGGGUGAGAGGCGCGAGUACUGGGACACAAAGGUCGGUUUCAAGCAUGUGCAGUCUCGCGUGCAUGAGAUGUCCCUUGGAAUGGACAUGUCCAACUUGCCUCGAAUCAUCAGCCAGAUCCAACAGAGCCAAAGCAAGGUCGAGUUGGCAUUGCAUAAGACUGCGGCCGAACGAAAGAUCACCGAUCCAGAAGUACUGAAAAGUCGAUGCAGCAAGUUGGUCUCAGCCCUUCUCGCCGACACGGAAAAGUUUGUCAGUCGAUCACCCGGUCAAUGCCUUUCGCUCCAUCUGUCCUCUUGUCGUGCACUCGAGGAGACCGCGAAGACUCUCUUGCAAGAGGAGGAAGAGUUCAUGCAGGCUGCGGCCUCCUUCUCGUCGGACUCCAUGAAGGCGGCAUGGAACGAGAGACGGAUGUCGAUCAUCGACUACAGCCGCGCCGACGAACAGGCACCGGAUGAGUUCAGUGACUUCUACAAGGGGAUUCUGGAAAAAAAGGAAUUUCUAAGCCAGGUUGCGCAAAGCGAGGAUCCCCUGAUUGCUGGAGCCGCGAUGACACGGGCAGCUGAGUUCUUCGAGUUCAUGGCGCUGCAGUACAUGUACUUUGAUGCAGGUGAUGUAUCUCGCAUCAAGAACGCGCACACGCCGAACCCUGACAUGCCCUUCGUGAAAGACCCCCUCCAGCAGAUUUUCAUCGUAGGCAACACCAAAGCUGCAAAGAUGCGAGACGUGACGAUGUACUUGGUGCAGAAGAUAUCCUACCUGAUGACCCAAGGGUUGGCCUGCGCCUUCAGCAACAUGCGCAAGAACGACAACGAAAGGGAUCUCAUAGAAGCCUUGGCGGCAGGCAGCAGCGUGGACCAUGUCUUUGACGUCAUGCGCAAAGGCUUCAUCAAACACCUUUUGGUACAUGCUCAGCACGCUUACCUCAGCUCCGUAAGUGAUCACAAUCAGUUCAUGCAUCAAAUCGGCGCUUUCUGCCGAAGUGACCAGCUGUUGCACGGCGAUGCUGGGAAAUGGUUGCUCGACGCUGUGACUUCCGAAGUUCUCAAAAACCUCAAUGGACUUGACAACACAAACCCGGAAAUAUUCACGGGAAUCAAAGAAGGACUGAGCAUUCUCGGUGGCCUUGCCAUGCGUCGGUCGCUGCCUGUCCUUGUCGGCCACAUCUUAAGUCAGGCAAAAGAGGCGGGCAUCUUCGGUGGUACGGAAGAUGUUCACCUUCAGAAGCUCCUGGGGAUGACUGCCGUGGCUUUCGCUGUCUUUGCACCUCAAUUCUCUACUGCUGUGGUCAUGCGAUGCAUGUCGGGCUUGCUUGGGAGCCUCAAUUCAACUUUCUACCGGCACGCUUACGAGGAAAGCAUCUUGCAGGAGCUCACCAAAGUGUUCAUCUCUGGCGAUCUCGGCGAGCGGGUGAAGGCUCUUCAAGAGAAGGAGGAUAAACUCAAGGAAGAGUGCGAUGAUCUGGACCAAGCCCUUCACAAACUUCAGAAGCUCCGCUGA